AUGAAAUUAGCUUAUUGGAUGUAUGCUGGACCUGCUCAUAUUGGAACCCUCCGUGUAGCGAGUUCUUUUAAAAAUGUUCAUGCUAUUAUGCAUGCUCCUUUAGGAGACGAUUAUUUUAAUGUAAUGCGUUCUAUGUUAGAAAGAGAAAGAGAUUUUACACCUGUAACUGCUAGUAUAGUAGAUCGUCACGUAUUAGCACGUGGAUCUCAAGAAAAAGUAGUUGACAAUAUAAAUCGAAAAGAUAAAGAAGAGCGCCCAGAUUUAAUUGUAUUAACACCUACUUGUACUUCUAGUAUUUUACAAGAAGAUUUACAAAACUUUGUUGAUAGAGCUUCUACCACAUCAAACUCAGAUGUUAUUUUAGCAGAUGUUAAUCAUUACCGAGUUAAUGAACUUCAAGCCGCAGAUAGAACUUUAGAACAAGUAGUUCGCUAUUAUUUAGAAAAAGCUCGUAGACAAGGAACAUUAGAUCAAUCUUUAACAAAAGAACCUUCAGCAAAUAUUAUUGGAAUUUUUACAUUAGGUUUUCAUAAUCAGCAUGAUUGUCGUGAAUUAAAACGUUUAUUACAAGAUUUAAAUAUUAAAGUUAAUAAAGUAAUUCCUGAAGGAGGCUCUGUAAAAGAUCUUCAAAGUUUACCAAAAGCUUGGUUUAAUUUAGUUCCGUAUCGAGAAAUAGGUUUAAUGACAGCUAUUUAUUUAGAAAAAAAUUUUGGAAUGCCUUACGUAUCUAUUACACCUAUGGGAAUUGUAGAUACAGCUGAAUGUAUCCGACAAAUACAAAAACAUGUAAACAACUUGAUUCCUAAUAAAAAAGUUGAUUAUGAACCUUAUAUUGAUCAACAAACAAGAUUUGUUUCUCAAGCAGCUUGGUUUUCACGAUCUAUUGACUGUCAAAAUUUAACAGGAAAAAAAGCAGUUGUUUUUGGUGAUGCAACUCACGCAGCUUCAAUAACUCGAAUUCUUGCUAGAGAAAUGGGAAUUCGUGUAGGUUGCACAGGUACUUAUUGUAAACAUGAUACAGAAUGGUUUAAAGAACAAGUUCAAGGUUUCUGUGAUGAAAUUUUAACUACAGAUGAUCAUACUGAAGUAGGUGAUAUGAUUGCUCGAAUCGAGCCAUCUGCAAUAUUUGGAACUCAAAUGGAACGUCAUAUUGGUAAACGUCUUGAUAUUCCCUGUGGAGUUAUUUCUUCACCAGUUCAUAUUCAAAAUUUUCCGCUAGGAUAUCGUCCGUUUUUAGGUUAUGAAGGGACUAAUCAAAUAGCUGACUUAAUUUAUAAUUCUUUUACUUUAGGUAUGGAAGAUCAUCUUUUAGAAAUUUUUGGUGGUCAUGAUACAAAAGAAGUAAUCACAAAAUCAUUAUCAACAGAUACAGAUUUAACUUGGAAUUAUGAAAGUCAAUUGGAAUUAAACAAAAUACCUGGAUUUGUUAGAGGUAAAAUUAAAAGAAAUACCGAAAAAUUUGCAAGACAAAACAAUAUUACCACUAUUACUGUUGAAAUAAUGUAUGCAGCUAAAGAAGCAUUAAGUGCUUAA